GUCGUCCUCUUCGUAUACAAGAACUCGCUCUGCCCAACGCUGCGGUGUUAAAGCUCGCUGUUAAGGCCACCGUCAUCAUACCCCGAACAACCCAGGUCAUCCCAUGGCCGGUCCUUCUUGUCUCAGUAUGGCAGCUCCCGCCUGGCACAUAAUACUUGCUACACAUGCAAGACUCCUUCCUCAAUGGGGAAAAUGCAAUUGUCCUCCGACACGGACGCGCAAAUAUCUGUUUAUAUAAUCGGCGGAUGAUGUGUUGAAACCACCCGCCCCAUCCACCCCACAUUGCCGCAAAUCCCGGGUCCUUUGCACAGGGUGUGAAAAUGCAAAGGUACAAAAAAUAAUAACAAUAAUAUGUUCCAAGUCCAUUCGACUGGCCAGGGGGCGUAGGUGUCGACGACAUCUUGAUUUGGACCAGGGACGCGGUAAGGGAUGCUUUUGGCCAGAGAUUCAUAUGAUCAGAGACAAAACGAGAUUCGCGGUUUGGAAAGCGUCGCGGCAGGGCAAAAUUGCUGUGUGUUGUCCUACAUACCCACCCGCUUUCGUCUUCCCCUGUGCCUGAUGGUUUUUUUUUUUUGGCUGAACGCACGGUAGCAGUCUUACGGUCCCAAUAGACCAAUGGAUCUCUCUUCUAGAACACAGACCUGCUGCAGAAGUUAUCGAUGCACCUGAUAUAACUGACGACGGCACUGUGGUGGUCUCCAAGAGUCAUGUCGUCAUGACCCACGUUCUUCAUCCACGUCAAGAGAACCCCAAACUGACCAUUUUGUAUGAAGACAUCUCUCAGUCAACGCAUGUAACGUACCUAGUAGAUUCUCUUUCGCAUCGAGGAGAGCCAUCAUGGCAGAGACGACGCAAGAGCUCCAUACCAAAUACGAGCCUCAUCCAGAUCCCCAGCAACUGACGGGCCACGACCGCCAUGCUGUAGAUUACGAGCCUCACCCGGAGCACUCGUUGAAGAUAUCACCGGAGCACGAGACUAUUGUCAAGUCCAUCACAAACCUCUAUUCGGGCAGCUGCAGCGAGAAGGACAUGUCGGUGUACGCAGAGAAGGCGAUCUACGAUGACCCGCUCUCUUAUUGCGACACCCGAUACAAGAUUGCCGGCCAGUGGUAUGGCCUGCCCAAGAUCUUCACCAAGUUGGCGACCAAGAAGGUUGAAGUGGUCAAGGACACGCCGACGGACAUUGUCUUCAAACUAAGACAGGAGUACACUCUUAGGGUGGCCAACACUCCCAAGGAAGUCGACUCUCUCGUCUCACUGUCACUCGACGAGGCCGGAAAAGUGCGGUAUCACAAGGACAUGUGGAACUCCCAGGACUACAGCCAUUCGGGCAUUGGCAAGCUGAUCAAGACCUUGAAUGGUGAUCAUCUUCCAAAGAUCACUCAGCCACCGGAUUCAUUGUAGGCGCCUUCACACCAGGCAGUCCUCCGGGGUUGGCAGCAUGGUACCACCGGGCUCAUUUCUGGGGUAUAGAUGCCUUUGCAGAGGGAGCGACCGAAGGAAGAAAGAUAUGCAAUAGGAUGAGUAAGGGUGAGCGAGCAAAGGUUCUGGCGAGAGAUGGACUGCGCCAAUCGGAGCGCAGGCGGGUGUGUUUUGGGGGCAACUGGAAACGGUUGGAGGAAAGGUACGGAGGGAGAAAUCCCAUGUGCUGGAACGAGAGAACUCGAGGGCGUUUUCGACAAAAUGGCGGUGUGAAAGAUGGUUGAGGCCUGAGCCGGAGCCCGUUGUCGGUGUUGAUAUUGAUGUGUUGUAGCAGCCCUUCUGAGGCACCAUGGGGAUCCAGUCCAUAUUAUCUCCAGGAGUGAUAGCGAUCACCGAAAACGAACAAAGUGUAACAGCGAUAGAAAAGGGCCAAAGGGAAAACAAGCAAUGGCAAGCAAGGCACGAAAUGCCGUUGACCAACUGCGCGCAGUUUAGCCUCCAGGCUUGCGCUGGCGGGGUUCC